AUGGGAAUAAAGAAGAUCGAAAUGAAGAAAAUAAGCAACAAGAACGCCCUCAAGGCCACCUUCUCGAAGAGGCGACAAGGUCUGUUUCGCAAAGCCGAUGAGCUUUGCACCAAAACUGGUGCCCAGAUCGCCGUUAUCGCCUUCUCACCGGGUGAUAAACCGUUCAGAUUCGGUCACCCUUCAGCAGAUUCCGUCAUAGACCAAUAUUAUUAUCCAGGCAAACAAGUACUCGAGGAGAAUAGUAGUCUUGGCAGUGUCGUCAUUGAUGAGCAAGAUGAAAAGGUCAAGUUCUGGUUGGAUAAACCCAUUGAAGGAAUGGGACUAGAUGAACUCAAGGAGUUUGAGCGGUGGGUUGAAGAUGAAUUAGACGAGACGAAGAUGAGAAGAUCAUGCACCAAAGACCUUUUGGGUUUGAACUGGAGAGAGGACCCGAAGCUAGAUGAGAUGAAGAUAAGAGAAUCACGCACAAAGGACUUUCUGGUUAAUUGGGUAUGA